CCGGGAGGACGAAUCAAGGAGAGUGUCGUAAAGUGGGAUGUUUUGGAGCGAGUAGGUCAUUGGAAAGUGAGCUUGUUCGGUUCGUUUUGGGGGUACAGACUGCUGCUUCCACUGGUGUCAGAUAUUCUGAUACCGAAGUAGCCUUAAUUGUAUCCAGUGUACUGUUUCAGAGGUAAUCACGGUUAAAAAUGUUGCGUUUAGUGUUGCGAGUAAGAACGUCUGCCAGGCUCAGCCGGCCCGGUGUGCUCUCGGGCCCUUCUGCCAGUCCUCGAUCUGGACCGGGUUCAAGCCUACAUCUCAAACGAAACCACUCUAACGGCCCGGCACGGAUCCGAAGCUUGUGUCAUGUACGUCGCGUGUGCAACAGUAUCCUCAGUAACCGGUCAUGGGAUUUGCAAAGCCAAACGGCCAGUUUCAGUCAAAGUAUGCGGGUGUACAGUCUGCCACCCCAUCAGAAGGUGGAGCUACCUGCUUUGUCCCCCACAAUGCAGAUGGGCACCAUUGCACGUUGGGAGAAGAAGGAAGGUGACAAAAUCAAUGAGGGAGAUUUGAUUGCUGAGGUUGAAACAGACAAGGCUACUGUUGGAUUUGAAAUACUGGAGGAGUGCUACUUAGCCAAGAUCUUGGUUGCAGAGGGUACAAGAGAUGUUCCCAUUGGAGCUGUCAUUUGUAUUACCGUUGACAACCCUGACCUCAUCCCUGCGUUUAAGGACUUCACAGUGGAUAAAAUUGCUAGCACCACCAGUGCAGCUGCCCCUCCCCCUCCAGCUGUACCCUCUGCAGCUUCUGCACCCCCACAAGUACCUGGCAGCUCCUACCCACCUCAUAUGAAGGUUCUUCUCCCGGCUCUCUCACCAACCAUGAUGAUGGGCACCGUGCAGCGCUGGGAGAAGAAGGUGGGUGAGAAGCUGAGUGAAGGAGACCUGCUGGCUGAAAUCGAGACAGAUAAGGCAACCAUCGGUUUUGAGGUACAGGAGGAGGGCUACCUGGCCAAGAUCAUGAUUGCUGAAGGAACCAGAGAUGUUCCUCUUGGCACUCCUCUCUGCAUCAUUGUGGAAAAGGAAUCUGACAUUAGCGCGUUUGCUGACUAUGUAGAGACGGGGAUUGGCGCAAGCCCGCCACCUGCCCCCACACCGGCGGUCACCCCUCUGCCAGCAGCAGCACCAGCAGCUCCCACCCCAGCACCUGCUCCAGCUCCCCCUGCUGCACCCAGGAAGGGAAGGGUGUUUGCCAGCCCUCUUGCCAAGAAACUGGCUGCUGAAAAGGGCAUUGAUAUUGCCCAAGUCACAGGAUCUGGACCAGAUGGAAGAGUCACCAGGAAAGACAUUGACAGUUUCGUUCCACCUAAGCCCACUCCUGUACAACCUGCUGCACCUGCCCCUGCUGCACUCACACCCAGCAUUCCAGCUGCCCCAGCUGUUGCUGCCAUCCCUACAGGAACCUUCACCGACAUCCCCAUCAGCAAUAUCCGCAGGGUGAUUGCCCAGAGAUUGAUGCAGUCAAAACAGACUAUUCCCCACUAUUACUUGUCUGUGGAUGUCAACAUGGACCAAGUGCUUGAACUCAGGAAAGAACUUAAUGCUGAGGUGAAAGCGGAUAACAUCAAACUGUCGGUCAAUGACUUCAUCAUCAAGGCCUCGGCUCUAGCCUGUUUAAAGGUGCCAGAGGCUAACUCUUCCUGGAUGGACACCGUCAUCAGACAAAAUCAUGUGGUGGACGUUAGUGUUGCAGUUAGUACGCCUGUGGGUUUGAUCACUCCCAUUGUAUUUAACGCCCACAUUAAGGGCUUAGCAUCUAUCAGCAAAGAUGUGGCCGCAUUGGCUGCUAAAGCACGAGAGAGCAAACUUCAACCACACGAAUUCCAGGGUGGCACCUUCACUAUUUCCAAUUUGGGCAUGUAUGGCGUCAAGAAUUUCUCAGCUAUCAUUAACCCUCCUCAAGCCUGCAUUCUGGCUGUGGGAGGUUCAGAAAAGAGAUUGCUGCCUGCAGACAAUGAAAGGGGGUUUGACGUGGCUAGCAUGAUGUCGGUGACUCUCAGCUGUGAUCAUCGAGUGGUAGAUGGUGCUGUCGGUGCACAGUGGCUGGCUGAGUUCCGCAAGUUCCUGGAGAAACCAUUCAACAUGCUCCUGUGAGCAGGGUGCUUAUACGGCCCCUGGCCCAACAACAGUGGACUUUAAGAUUUGGAGAGAGAUCUCAUAUACUCUCAUUGGGAAUUGUAACAUGUUCUUCUCUUUUUUUUAUUUUCCUUCUCACAGACAUACACACUUCCAUAUGCUGUUUUUUUUAUUUUUACAAAAUUGCUUCUUAAAGAAUAAUAUAACCUCUCAACCCAAAGUUUCAAGUCAUUGUUUAGGUCACUGUGGAGUUUCAGAUGAUAGUGCAGGUCAAGGUUUUCCAUUUUCCUUCAGUACAUUGCUACUAGCAUAACACGUCUGUGAUUGCAAUUAGAUCAAGGGAUAAUAUGUGUCCAUGGUCAAGACUUAUGCUCUGUUCCUGCAAGCGUUGACUUGUCAUUAUUUAAUUAAACAUUUUUGGCACGAUAUGAGGACGCUUUGUAUAUAAGAAGAAAAAAAAAAAGUGGUAUCUUGUUGAAAUCUGGAGAUUUGUGUGCCAAAAUGUAUGAUUACAAUUGGAAUUUAUUGUCACAUUCUUCAGUGCAAAUGUUUAUAUUCUGUAUUUUUACAUAGCAGUUUUGAAAGUCACACAUGUCACUCUCGGUUAUUUAUACAGGAUAGAUUCUCCCCCGAAACUUUGUGAUGGUCCUUCAAAGGGUCUUAACAUUGGAGCAAGGCUAUGAUAUUGGCAGUUUUAUUUAUUACAUCUCUUACUCCAGAAGAAGCAUGGUAGUGCCUUUUGCUGCUAUUUAUAUCAACAGUUGUUUUCUUUUUAUACCGUGGAAGAAAUUUCAACUCAUUCUUUUAUGAAUAAUGCCCAAAUCAUGUGGUGACCUGUUGUUAUGGACAAACAAAAGAAAAAAAUAAAUAAAAUAAAGCUCUAGACUGAAUAUACAUAUUUAUAUCUUCGAACGAAGAAAUUGUCAGGUGAUUGUAACGCGCAGUCAAGUGUCUGUGUAGAUGAGGGUGGAACAUUAAAGGUUUUUUUUUUUUUUUUCAAAGAAAUAUGACCAACAUUAUAUAAUUAUAUAAUCUGACAAAGAUGAGAGGGAAUAAACAAA